GUUCAAUUAAAGUUUAAAUAUAAUAUAAAAGAAAAAUUCAAUUUUUUUGAAAAUGAUUUCAUAUUCAAGUAAAUUUAUUUAUAGCUUGUUGAUAUUUUUUGUUCUCACGGAAGUCAGAAUAGAUGGAAAAAUUCUGACUGAAUGUGACGCUGCACGAGAGCUCAAAAAUUCUGGAGUAUCUGCUACUUUUCUGAGUAAUUGGGUAUGUUUAAUGAAAAGUGAAAGCGGAUUGAACACAAGUUUAGUAAAAGGACCCGGUACAAUGUCAAGCUAUUCAUACGGCGUUUUUCAAAUAAAUAGCUUAAAAUGGUGCAAGAUAGGAAGAAAAGGCGGCGAGUGUAAUGCAAAAUGCGAAAACUUUGCCGACGAUGAUAUAACCGAUGACAUUGUAUGCGCUAGAAAAAUUCAGAGUACCGAGGGGUUCAAGCACUGGGACGGAUGGGUCAAAAAGUGCUACAAGAACGAACCAGGACUUCCUAAUGUCAACGGGUGUAAAAGUAAUGCCGUUAAACGUCAUGCAGUUAUGAGAAAACUCAUCGAUUUUUUUAACUAAAAAAUUAAAAAAUAAUUUCUUAAUUUAAUUGUAAUUAAAAAUAUCAAAUUUCUAAAAAAAAUUCUUAACUAAUUAUCGGCACAAUAAAUCAG